AUGGCUUCUGAUGUUGAUGGGACGGACGGUAGCGGGAGUGUUGUCUCAUCUGUGUCAAACUUCACUACUCUAGAAGAGGAGAUGAGAAGCUCGCUCAUAGACCGAUGCUUCCGUCAAGCCAAGGAGGGUGACCUCGCGGGAUUCAAAGCCACGUCCCUCACCCUCGUCCUGUGUAACGGGGGGAGGAGCGAAGUCAAUUCUAUCAAGGAUGCCAGGGGCAGGACACUCCUGCACUGGGCCGCCCACGAAGGUCAUCUCAGCUUCGUCAAGUUCCUCCUCAUCGACCUGCUUGCCAACGUGUAUGAGACUGACCAGGACGGGAACACUGCCGCUGAUCUUGCGCGCGAGCAGUACUGGAAGAAGGUCCUGCGGUUCAUCGAGUCGUUCGCUGACGCCCAGCUGCGGUACGUCGCGCUCCUCCAGUCCUCAUGCAGGCGGCGCUUGCAGAGGGCUGAGUUUGUGCGGUGGCAUGGAGCUGCGUGCAGGGUGAAGUGCCGAGUCGUCGCGCUGCCCUUCAGGAGGAGGAAGCACGAGACGCUCAGGUUCACGAGCAUGUGGUUCCUGAAUGGGGAGGAGGGGAGAAAGCUCCUCGUCUCCCCGCUCCAGGCUCGGAUACGACGGCUCCUGCUGUACCAGCACGCGGCAGCUCCAGAGCCAUCGGGAUGCCGCUAUCCCCUGUACCACUUGGCCAAACACGCUGCCCUUGUCGUUUCCUCCUGCGUGAAGCGGAGGCUGAAGUCGAUGCUCUACAAGAGCGCCAUAGUGUGGUGCAGGAAGACUGGGCAGCCGCUGGGCUCCAUGCUGAACCGCCUGAUCGGGAGGUACCAGAGCUCGAGCAAGCAAGUCGUCUCCCCGCUCAUCCGCAACAGGAGCUACAUCGUCCACUCCUCCAAGUUCCAGCUGCAGCUGGAGCAAGGGGGAAGCUCGAGAGAGGCUCAGCUGCAGGUGAAGAGGCAGUUCUUCGAGCAGAAGGCGAGGGAGGCGGAGAGGAGGAGGAGGAGCUCGGUCCGAGUACAGAGGUGGUUCAGGAGGCUGCAGGACAGGUGGAGAGUGGAGGAGAGGUUGUGGGGGAAGGAGGAGAAUCGGAGGGUGGAGGAGGCGUUCUUCAAGAACAAGCUCUUUAAGCUCUUCACAAACCAGGAGAGGAGCCUUCUGGUCUACGUGGAAUGGGGGGAGGAAGGAGAGCGAGGAGGGCUGCGAGGGCUGAUUUUCCUGCACAUGAAGGCGACGGAGGUGAUGAAGGAGGAAGAGGAGGCGCGAAGGAGCCAACGUCUCCUUGCCCAGCUGGAGUUCGAGCAGCUAGUGGAGAGGAGACGGGCUGCAGAGAGGAGGAGGAAGGAGGAGGAGGCGGCUGGGCGGAUCCAGAAGGCUUGGAGGGGGUGGAGGAGGAGGAAGUUGAAGCACGAGGAGCUGGUGAGGCUUUCCAACACGGGAUGGAUCCUGCGAAAGAAACAGGAGGAGGAGGAGAGAAAGAAGGAGCUGGCAAGGUUAAAGAUCAUGAUGUACUCCAUGAGAGGAGACGCGGAGCAGCGGAGGAGGCACAAGGAGCAGCUCGAGAACGCGAUCUCCGAGUCCAUGAGUCGCCGGAGGGAGAUCGCAGAGGAGGUUCAGAGGACGGAGAGAGGUCCGUCCUGCCGUUUGCCUCUUUUCCUUCCUCCUGAUUGA